ACACCCACCACCCUCACCACCACACCCACCACCCUCACCACAACAACUGUUCCUAACAUCGCUGUGACCUCUGCGUCCUGUGAGCCACUGAAUUUCAUUCGUAUUAAUUUGAUAUCUGUUCAAAGUGAAGUCAUUUCCAUUACCUGGGUUGCAAACAAUGCAGUCGAGCAGGUGAUUUUUAUUGUCACAAUUAUUGAAGUACAGUCGAAUACUCAAGUGGAGCGUAUGGAAACUCAGGAAAAAGCAGCUGAAUUGAGAAACCUCAGGCCUGACGUUGAAUAUCGCAUCAUUAUUCAAACAACAACAUGUGGUCAAAUGCAGUCUCUCACACGUACAGUCAGGACAGUUGCCAUUGUGCUGGAAGUAUCAACAAGAAUUACAAAUGUGCAAUUUGACAGAGAUCUUGAAGACAAACAAAGCCAGACGUUCAAAGACUUUGAAAGGAAUUUCAUUGCUGACCUGGUGCGUGGAUUCAAUGAAAAUUUCAGGGAAUUACACGGAAGAGGAAGGCUUAGAAUUGAAAUUAAUUCCAUUAGAAGUGGAAGCAUACUUGUGAAUUUUACAGUUGCAGUGUCAACAAAUGUGACUGCCCCUACAGCCACAGUUUCAGAUGUGCUCACUACAUCCUUAAACACCAGCGAAAGGUUCAACGUGGAUCUUCAAAAUACAAGUAUCACAGAGAGAGACAGCUGCCAACCAGGGCUCAAUGACUGUUCAGGCAAUGGAACAUGUAUAAGACUGAACGCAACUUACACUUGUCAAUGCAAUGUUGGGUUCAAUGACACAAGCCCCAGUACACCAGGAAGGAUUUGUGAAGACAUUGAUGAGUGUCAGACUGGGAACAGCACAUGCUCUGCAUUAGCUUCCUGUACAAAUACUCCAGGGAAUUUCACGUGUAGCUGUUUAGCAGGAACAAUGGAUACCAAUCCAGCAAACCCAGGAACACAGUGCGAAGACAUUGAUGAGUGUCAGACUGGGAACAGCACAUGCUCUGCUUUAGCUACCUGUACAAAUACUCCAGGGAAUUUCACGUGUAGCUGUUUAGCAGGAACAAUGGAUACCAAUCCGGCAAACCCAGGAACACAGUGCAAAGACAUUGAUGAGUGCCGGACUGGGAACAACACGUGCUCUGAUUUAGCUGUCUGUACGAACACACCAGGGAACUUCUCAUGUAGCUGUUUCCAGGGCAUUUUAGAUUCUAAACCAUCAAGCCCAGGCACACAGUGCAAUGAUCCAAAUGACUGUUUCACCAAUGAGGAUCCUUGUGCUUUGUUUCAAUGCUUGACAAAUAAUGACUGUCCCACCAGGAGAAUGUUCAAGACAAUCAUUAUAUUAAAGUCCAAGAAUUUCACCAAUGAUCUAAGAAAUCCAGCGAGCGAAGCAUUCCUCAAUUUAUCAUCUGAAAUUAGAAAUGCAGUUGUACAACCUGUACAAACCGCAUUGCAGGAUAACACGUUUAAUAUCACCAUCUUUGGUUUUCAAAAUGGUAGUGUAGUGGCGAAUAUCCUGUCUUCCUUGAAUAAUGCUUCAAACAUCACAGAUGCUACUCUGCAAAUGGCCAUUGUAGCUGCAAUCAGAACAGUUGAUUCUCAAGCUACUGUCAAUGUAACAGGUACUCCACAAGUAACGACUCUGGCUCCCACUACAUCUCAGACUGUGUCCACUUUGCAGGCUCCAGCAGACAAUUCUGGGUUCCGAGUGGCUGUGAUAGUGCUGGGAGUUAUCCUCGGUGUGGCUCUGCUACUAAUCCUAGCAGGAAUACUGGCAAUGGUUUGCAUGAAGAGAAAAUCUGGUCAGUACCUCAUAAGUGGUUCAGACAUGCUCCAGAGGUACAACUAUGCAAACAUGUAGUGCAUCACAUCAAACCUCUAAUGGCCCCUUUUCUCAGAGGCUUACAUCGUUUUUGAAACAAACCUUCCGCAAUAUCAAAAAUGCAGGGAACAGAAAUAUUACUGGCAAGAAAUAUAGUAUAAUCAUCCAUGGAAAGAAAUGACAGGUCCUUGUCUCUCAUUCAUUUUGAUAUAUUUAUUUCUAAACGGAUUGAUCUGUGAUUGGGAGAACAUAUCAGAUUUUAUUCAUGCUAUUAAUUCAUGAAAUGGGGUGUGGAAUCACAACUGACUUCACAGAUUAGGAAAUUAGACACCGACAAAUCAUAAUGUUCUAUCUGCUAAAAUUUAAAGUAGCCAGGAGCUCUGUGCAACCUUUCCAAGAAUCAUAUUUUAUUACUUAGUUCCUCUUUGUGCAUCAGACAUUCAGGCACAUUCAAAAAGUUUUCAGAAUUACAAUGCUUAAUGUUAACUGAAGGGAACCACAGAUAGCUCAAUAUAAUAAGAAAUGUUUUAGCAUUUGACUCAUAAUAUAUCCUUGAAUUAUAUUUCCAACAGUUCCGAAAUGUUUGAAGGGAGAUUUUAAACCUGAUGUGAAUGAAGGAACAGGUUAUGGAAAUUGUUCUGGGUGGGUGUUCUCUUGCAUUAGGCUUGUCAUCUGUCAUUCCUUUAUUGUUGGAGUACUGAUCAUUUUCCAGAAAUUGCCAACUCCAGGGGAUGGUGUGGUGCAGAAGGGUUAAGCGGGGUUAUAGCUGUGCUAAUUCCAGCAUGUGUACCAAAUUUACAUAGCUGUGUGCACCAUUGUACCUCACACGUUGCUGAAAGUUAGCAUUGUACCAAGAUUCCAGGAUAAGGUACACAAAAUGGACUGAAGCAUCUCCAGUCUGCAAAAUGCUUAAAUUCUCAUGUGGUCAAGGUUUGCCAAAUGCUUUACAGUGAUUUUUUGUUGCUUGUGCCAGAAGUGAUUCGUGCAAGGAGAAUGAUCGACUUCAGGGUCUGUCCAUUUUUAUAAACACACAAGUGCCAGUUGAAUACAAGGCCACGUUCAGUGUUUUGAUUUGCAUUUGUUGCACUGUUUCUGAAAAGAAAAUUCUGUCUAUUUUAAAAAAAAAAGUCAAAAUGUACUGCACUUUAAAACGUAUUGAAUGUUUCCUCAGGUCACUAUAGGCAGAAGUGUAAAUGGCAGGGUUGUGGAGAAUUAAAAUUGACAGCUUAGGAAGUUUUUAACAUAUGAGCGCACAGAGCUGCUUCCCUCCUGAAAAGAAAGGUUUGUGUUCUGGAGCCUAACUGUCAGACUCUGCCUUCACUGUUUUACAAGCGAUUUCCUGUUCUUUGGAAAUUACCUCACUGGUUCAUCUUGAACUGCAACCUGCCAACACCCUCCACAGCAACACGGGAGCAUCUUAUGUACUUUGAGUUUGAGCCUCUGAUGAAGAAUAAGAGAAGCAGCAUCAGCAAUCCAGUCUGGGUCCCUUUUCCAUUCGGGGGUGCAUGUUCUCAUCACCCCUGUGUGCUGUGAAUGUUCCAGAAACCAGGAAGUGGGACUCGUGUGCACCUCAUUGCAAAGAUAGGUCUGCUCACCAAAGGGCUCUUGACCCACUCACAGCUUCCCUACUGUCAGGUAAAAGCAACAUUGUGAACUUCUAAGUCAGGUUAUGUCAAAUCCCAGUGUCUAUCAAUAACCUUAUUACAGUGAGUGAGCAUAGGGAAUCUCAAUUAUUCUCAUCUGUCUCACAGUACAGAAAAUGCUGCUUAAAUUGGGGAGAUAUCAUACACAGAUUGCCUUAUUAAAUAAUAUCUCUUGCAAUAAUCUUUCUGCUAUAACAAAAUAACAAUGGAUUAUGAUCUACAUUACAUAAUCUAGUAGAUAAGGUUAUAAUAAAUCAUGAUUUUAAAAUGUUGUCGGUGCCCACAACGUUUAACAUAUAGACUGAGGGAGGAGAAUGAAGCAAUGCUCUCUAUUAAUGUAUUAUGCACUGUAAUUAUUUAUUCAAUUGUUGAAAUAAGCUGAAUAUGCAU